AAUGGAGAGAGAGGGAGGGAAGCGAGAGACCUGGAGCUCGAGGGUUGUUCAUUCGCCCCUCCCCCAUGUCGCAUCCUCCAGCGCUCGGAUGCUGCUGCUGCUGCUGCCAUCCCAUCACCGAGAGAUGCGCGUCAAACAGGCAUCAUCGGCAUGUAGACCCACAUCUCUCCUUCACAUAUCACUCUAUCAAUCAGCGCCAAAAAUAACAGCAACGAUGUGACCAAAACGACCCUCCUUUACGUCCCCUACAGCACAACACGCCGUUUUUAACCGAAUAAUUAAUGCGGACAUGGUACAAUCUGAUCUGCAUCAUUCAGGUUUUCUUCCGCAUAAGAUGAAGCGCUCACCACCGUCUGCUGCCUCCUGCACCCUUCACUUGAUUUUUAUUCUUCACCGUUGUGCAUCAUCUGUAUUUGGAAUAGCGUAAAGGUCAAAUGAUGUUACUUUGAUUUUUGUGAUCUCAAUGAUGGGCACGAUUUGAGGCUUAAUCACUGGAUAUCAUCCCGUUUUUCCUGUCUUUUUUUCCGACUCAACGUCAAAUGUCCUUGGAACAUGGCCUGCCCGGUUUCUUACGGAUGUGAUGUCACUAGAUCCUCUUUAUUGUUUAAUAAUCAGUAACACUUGCUUUGGUCUUCAUAGAGAUGGAUUGGCACAAUGGCUACCACUUUAUUUGCUGACUUUUUCUUUAUGGGGGGAUAUUUUAGGGGAACCCCAGCUACCAUACCAUAGAAUAGAAAACCCCAAAUAAUCUCACAAUUCAUGUCUCAGUAUGGAGAACUAUAUAGAGAACAUCUUAGAAAUAGGUGAGGAGGAAUAUAAAUAGGACAAAAUAGAUCACACAUUGUCCCAGGUACUCAUCUUUUAGCUCAUAGCAUCUGCUAAAAAGCUUCCAGUCGUCCAUAACCAACACACCAUCAUGGGAGAACUGGGCAAUAGCACAAUAGACUUCCACCCUAAGAAGCCGGGGAUGGACAAAGGAGGUCAUGAGGGAGAUUUCGGGGUGACCGUUGAGGAGUUAUGCUCACUGAUGGAGCUCAGGGGACCUGAGGCCCUGCAGAAGAUCCAGGAGAACUACACAGACACAGAAACCCUCUGUCAUAGACUCAAGACUUCACCUGCAGAUGGACUAUCGGACAAUCCUGCGGACUUGGAGAAACGUCGGCAAGUGUUUGGAAUGAACUUCAUCCCUCCUAAGAAGCCCAAGACCUUCCUUCAGCUCGUGUGGGAGGCUCUACAGGAUGUCACCCUCAUAAUCCUGGAAAUAGCGGCCAUUAUUUCCCUCGGGCUGUCCUUUUACCAGCCGCCAGGAGGAGAAAUUGAAGCGUGUGGUAAUGUGAGUUCAGGUGCGGAGGACGAGGGAGAGGCAGAGGCGGGCUGGAUCGAGGGUGCAGCUAUCCUGCUCUCGGUGAUGUGUGUGGUGCUGGUGACAGCGUUUAAUGACUGGAGCAAAGAGAAGCAGUUCCGUGGCCUGCAGAGCCGUAUCGAGCAGGAGCAACGCUUCGCUGUGGUGCGGAACGGCACGGUCAUUCAGAUCCCCGUGGCUGAGAUGGUGGUGGGGGAUAUUGCCCAGAUCAAAUAUGGCGACCUCCUGCCUGCGGAUGGUGUUCUCAUCCAAGGGAACGACCUUAAGAUCGAUGAAAGCUCCCUCACUGGAGAGUCUGAUCACGUACGCAAAUCCAUCGACAAGGAUCCCAUGCUGCUGUCAGGCACUCAUGUAAUGGAGGGCUCUGGGAAAAUGUUGGUGACCGCUGUUGGUGUCAACUCUCAAACGGGCAUCAUCUUCACCCUCCUGGGGGCUGGAGAGGUGGAGGAAGAGAAGAAAGACUGCAAGAAAGGGAAACAAGACGGCACCCUGGAGAACAAUCAAAAUAAAGCUAAGAAACAGGAUGAGGCUGUUGCCAUGGAGAUGCAGCCUCUGAAGAGUGCAGAAGGUGGGGAAGUGGAGGAAAAAGAAAAGAAAAAAGCUAGUGUGACCAAGAAGGAGAAAUCAGUUCUUCAGGGCAAACUCACCAAGCUGGCAGUGCAAAUCGGGAAAGCAGGUCUGGUGAUGUCCGCCAUUACUGUGAUUAUCCUGAUGCUGUACUUCGUGAUCGAAACGUUUGUCAUACAGGGACGGGUCUGGUUGACAGAAUGCACACCUAUUUAUGUGCAGUACUUUGUCAAAUUCUUCAUCAUCGGAGUGACAGUUCUGGUGGUGGCUGUGCCAGAGGGUUUGCCACUGGCUGUCACUAUAUCAUUGGCCUACUCCGUAAAGAAAAUGAUGAAGGACAAUAACCUGGUGCGUCAUUUGGAUGCAUGUGAGACUAUGGGCAAUGCCACUGCUAUUUGCUCAGAUAAAACGGGGACCCUCACCACUAACCGGAUGACAGUAGUGCAGAUUUAUGUAGCGGACCAGCACUUCCGCGACCUCCCAAGACCAGACCAGAUUAGCCCAAAGACAUUGGAGCUCAUCACCAGUGCUAUUGCUGUGAAUUGCGCCUACACCUCCAAAAUAAUGGCUGCAGAUAAGGAAGGUGGGCUGCCCAAACAAGUGGGUAAUAAGACAGAAUGUGCUCUGCUGGGCCUCGUGCUGGGCCUGAAGCAGGACUACCAAGCUGUGAGGGAGCAGAUCCCAGAAGAGAAGCUCUAUAAAGUCUACACCUUUAAUUCUGUCAGAAAAUCCAUGAGCACCGUCAUUCAGAUGCCUGACGGAAGCUUCCGCUUAUACAGCAAAGGAGCCUCUGAGAUCCUGCUCAGAAAGUGCUCUUUCAUCUUGGGGCGUGAUGAUGAGACUCGUGCUUUUAAGCCACGGGACAAAGAAGAAAUUGUGAAGAAAGUAAUUGAACCGAUGGCAUGCGAUGGCCUUCGUACGAUAUGCAUCGCUUACCGGGAGCUCCCAGCUGACCCCAUGCCAGAUUGGGACAAUGAGAUAGACAUUGUCUCCAACCUUACUUGCAUCACCAUGGUCGGCAUUGAAGACCCUGUUCGACCUGAGGUUCCAGAAGCAAUCAGGAAGUGUCAACGAGCAGGCAUCACUGUGCGUAUGGUGACAGGUGACAACAUAAACACUGCACGUGCCAUUGCUGCCAAAUGUGGCAUCAUCCAUCCAGGCGACGACUUCCUGUGUAUUGACGGGAAGGACUUCAACAGGCGAAUCAGAAAUGAGAAAGGAGAGAUUGAGCAAGAGCGCAUUGACAAAGUUUGGCCCAAGCUCAGAGUUCUUGCUCGUUCUUCCCCUACAGACAAACACACACUAGUCAAGGGUAUCAUAGACAGCACCACUCUAGAACAAAGGCAGGUGGUUGCAGUCACCGGUGAUGGCACAAAUGACGGACCUGCUCUGAAGAAAGCUGAUGUGGGAUUUGCAAUGGGCAUUGCUGGUACAGAUGUGGCCAAGGAGGCCUCUGACAUAAUCCUGACAGACGAUAACUUCUCCAGUAUAGUAAAGGCUGUGAUGUGGGGACGGAAUGUGUAUGACAGCAUCUCCAAAUUCUUACAGUUUCAGCUCACAGUGAAUGUGGUGGCUGUCAUAGUAGCCUUCACUGGGGCCUGCAUCACGCAGGAUUCACCCCUUAAGGCCGUGCAGAUGCUGUGGGUCAAUCUGAUCAUGGACACGUUUGCUUCUCUUGCUCUUGCCACCGAGCCGCCCAAUGAAGCGUUGCUUCUGAGGAAACCCUACGGCCGAAACAAUCCCCUUAUAUCCAGAACCAUGAUGAAGAACAUCCUUGGACAUGCAGUGUACCAGCUCAUCAUCAUCUUCACCCUGCUCUUCGUAGGUGAGAAGAUAUUUGACAUAGAUAGUGGACGUAAUGCUCCACUUCACUCUCCUCCCUCCGAGCAUUACACCAUCAUCUUUAACACCUUUGUCCUCAUGCAACUCUUCAAUGAAAUCAAUGCCCGUAAGAUCCAUGGAGAGAGGAACGUGUUCGAUGGAAUCUUCUCAAACCCCAUCUUCUGUUCAAUUGUGCUGGGGACCUUCGCAAUACAGAUUGUGAUUGUGCAGUUUGGUGGGAAACCCUUCAGCUGUUACCCCUUAAAUGCGGAGCAGUGGCUUUGGUGCCUGUUUGUGGGAAUGGGAGAGCUGGUCUGGGGACAGGUGAUAGCAUCAGUGCCAACACAUCAGCUGAAGUGUCUGAAAGAAGCGGGCCAUGGGCCGGCUCCAGACGAGAUGAUGGAUGAGGAUCUAGCUGAGGAUGAGGAUGAGAUUGACUAUGCCGAGAGAGAGCUGAGACGAGGACAGAUCCUGUGGUUCAGAGGACUCAACCGAAUUCAGACUCAGAUGGAGGUAGUGAGUACCUUCAAGAGAAGUGGUUCGUUUCAGGGUGCAGUGAGACGCCGCUCUUCAGUGCUCAGCCAACUCCAUGACAUCCGGGUGGUGAAAGCUUUCCGUAGCUCCCUCUACGACGGCAUCGAGCGGCCCGAGUCACGGAACUCCAUUCACGACUUCCAGGCGGACCCGGAGUUCAUCAUCACAGACUCGGUCCACAGCAUCCCCCUGAUCGACGAGACGGAUGUGGACGAUGAAUCGGAACACUCCAACCAUAACCACGUGCGUGUGGCUCUUCGUCACCCCGGGCCUCACUCUCAGCCCCAGGAGCCCCAGAGGCCUCCGCGAUCCCGCUACCCGCCCCGCCCGCUGAGGCAGCAGAGUCUGCCGGUCACCCUCAACUGCAACAACAACGCUGUCGAGAGCCGCGUCUACCUGGGCUCGAGUGUUUCUCCCUGCCCCGCGAGCCCUCUGCACAGCUUGGAGACGUGCCUCUGAAGGUCAGAGGUCAGCCAGUUGAGACUGCCAGCUAGACGGAGACACGCUUGUUUCUGUACCUUAAUCUUUGUUCCUAUCACUAUCACAGAUUCACUGCUUCAACAUGUUCAGUGGUUCUUUACAGUAUCUUGUGUGACCCAAAGACAAACCUGCUCCGCAUGAAAGUGACCAAUUAUGUUCUCAUACAGUAUGUUGCACUUGAAAAAGUACCCAAAGUGAUGAGAUGGAUCUACGUGUAUGUAGGCGUGGACUCUGUCUAAAGAUUAAAAAAAAAAAAAGUUUCUUUGGGGAUUACUCCUUUUCAAGCCUUUUAGUUAAUAACAUUAUUGUUCAAGUUAUGAUAGUGGUUAUAUUUCUGCUCAAACUACAGCAAUCAAUACUCCAGUAAUUAUACUCCAGUUAUGAUAUUUCAUCGUUUAGCUUUAUAUAACUGUGUAUGUUUGUAUGUAUGGCACAAGUCUGUAUGUAUGUGUAUUUGUUUGUUUGUUUGCUGUUGUUAAAUUCCGUGUCUAUGUUCUCAUUGGUUCCACACGUGCCCCUCUCUCUGUUUUCUGUGUUAGAGUGUGAUGUGUACGUUCAAUUAAAAUAAAAUGAAAUGAAAGAAC